AUGAGAACAAUUGGAGCAAUUAAAAAAGUAGUCAAGAAUGCUCCAAUUACGGAAUUACCGAGGUUGAUUCUAGGAGGAGCCACUCUGAUGGACAAUUGGUAUAAUGACGAUCCUUACUCAGUUCCAACUGUUGAGUUGUUAAGAUAUGCUAUGUCGCGGGGCAUCAAUGCAAUUGACACAUCGCCAUACUAUGGUCCGAGCGAGAUUAUCUAUGGCAAGGCGCUACAGGAAAUAAAAGAUGAGUUCCCAAGAGAGGAGUACUUUAUUUGUACGAAAGUUGGGAGAGUUGGGAGGGCUGAAUUCAAUUACUCGAAGGAAAACGUACGGUUUAGUGUGAAGCGGUCAUGUGAACGGUUACAUACUGAUUAUUUGGACUUGGUGUACUUACAUGAUAUUGAGUAUGUCGAAUAUGACAAGAUUUGGGAAGCGUUGCGCGAAUUAAGAAAGCUCAAGGACGAAGGCGUCAUAAGGCAUAUUGGAAUUAGUGGUUACCCGGUAGAUCUUUUGUUGUAUGUUAGUAAGACAUGUUGUGGUGUUCCUGAGAUUGGACCAUUAGACGCUGUAUUGUCGUAUUGCAACCUAACUUUACAGUCGGUGGUUUUGGAAAAAGAAGGAGACCGUUUCUUUAAGGAAUCUAACAUUAAAGUUGUGAGUAACGGGUCCGUUGUCUGCAUGUCAUUGCUUAGAUCUAAGGGCACUAUCAAGGACCAUCCUUGCUCGCCUGAGUUGCUUGAAUGUGCCCAAAAAAGCAUCAAAUAUGCUGCUGAGAAUGGUAUUCCUGAAUUGGCUGAACUGGCUACUCGUUACAGUAUCUCUAAAUGGAUUCAUAAAGGGCCUACCGUUCUUGGUGUGAGCACCGUUGACGAACUCAAAUCUGCCUUAAACGGCUACUGGAAAGUUGCCGAUAACGGUGGAAAACUGGAUGAAAAGGAUGAAGCAAUCGUUGCCCACAUCCAGAAGAAUAUCUUCGGUGAUCAUUUGAAUGAGAAAUGGGAGUCCGGUAUCCCUCACGUUAUCUCUUGA